CUUCGACCUUGAAGUUUGGCAUACUGGAAUGAUUCUCCGCCCAUCCAUCCAGGGUAAAUGCAACAUCUUACUGGUGUUACAUGAGACUUGCGAUCGAGUCGGAGAGGAUCCGGCGACUUUUGGCAGGAGCGACAUGCUACGGCAAAGAGAAUGGCCGCAAUGUUGCGGUUCUGAUCCUUCUCGUCGAAACUAGACAAAUGAGUCCUUUUCGCCGGGUUCGCACCGCCUAACGCCUGACCAUAUAAUUACAACCGCUCGGGACUCCUUGUUUCCACGCGCCGACUUCGAGAGCAUACACUUGCUUUUCGAAGGCUGGAGUAGAGAAUUCAGCCAUUGGCCCGGAGCUGGACCAAGUCCACCGAUCCGACCCCGAAAGAAUGAUCGCUGAUUUCGAGUGGUUCGCGAGAUUCCUGGCAUUUUGUUCCAGCAUCCUCCCAGGCAUACAUAAACCCACACCCUGAGCUGAUGAGGCUUAGCCCUCCCGGCUCCCCUCCCUUCCCAUCCUCACGACCACCGACCACGACCAAUACCAUGCUUCACGAACAAAUUCCGACUGAAGAAACGACUUUGCUCCGCAAAGAAAAGAAACGCACCCCGCUUCCCAAACUGCAGCUCGCCAUCAUCCUCCUCAUACAAAUUUGCGAGCCACUCGCCAGCUCGUCUAUAUAUCCCUACAUCAACCAACUCGUCAGUGAGCUGGACAUCACGGGGGGAGACGAGAAGAAAGUGGGGUACUAUGCUGGGAUGGAAUCUCUGUUCUUUCUGGCAGAAGCGAUGACUGUCCUACAGUGGAGUCGUGCGUCGGAUCACGUAGGUCGGAAACCUAUUCUCCUCAUCGGCUUUCUCGGCUCUGCCAUCUCCAUUCUGUGUUUCGGAGUUAUGAAGAGUGCCGUCGGGGAUAUGACGGAUCGGACCAAUCGUGCUGAUGCCUAUGUUUUCAUCCCUAUCGUCUGGGCACUAGGCGCUUCUGGAGGUCCGCUUAUCGGCGGAACACUCACCAAGCCUCAUGACCGCUUCCCGCAUCUGUUUACAUCCAGAUUCUGGGUCGAAUAUCCGUACUUCCUGCCGUGCCUAGUGACUGGCGGGGCAGUGCUGGUGUCCUGGUUUAUCGUGCUGGCCCUGUUCAAGGAGACACUCCAUCGAGAGCCCCACUUUGUUACCGAAUCCGGCGCCCCUCCCAAACGACGGGGCCCUCGGCCACUUCGAGAGCUUCUUGUGUUCCCCGUCGUCGUUUCGGUUUCGAAUUACGUCUCCCUGGGAUUCCUCAAUACCACAUUUCAAGCAUUGCUUCCACUGUUCCUGGCUAUGCCACGUGACAUCUGCGGACUGGGUCUCCCUCCGUCCAAGAUCGGCGUGAUUCUCGCCUCGCUGGCCAGACGAUUCGGGGAGCGCACGAUCUUCAUCGCCGGCAUGAUGACGUUGCCGUUGAUGUUCUUCCUCCUGCCAGUCAUCAGUCUACAGGCCGUGCGAUACGGAUUGAACACCGUCACGUGGAUUCUGCUGGCCUUGUUGCUGUCACUGGCUGCAAUGAACGAUCUAUCAUUCAGUUCCAUUUUCAUUUUCAUGACGUCGUCUGCUCCCAAAUCGAGUCGUGGCAGCGUCAUGGGCAUGGCUCAAACCACGGUUGCUCUGGCACGUGCUGUCGGCCCGGCCAUGUCCACUUCCUUGUUCUCUCUCUCCGUGCAGCACAACCUGCUCGGCGGCUACUUUGUGUACUUUGUGGCUCAUCCGCAACGCACCACCAUCCGUGAACCCGCUCUCCCCAUGUCCGCCUUUAGCAACCUCAUCACGUCUAAAUUCCUCCACUCCCGCGGCGACCGUUCCGGCGCCGUGCCACCCGAAUCGCUCCCGCAUGUCCCGACGCUGCGACACUACCUCGAGGAUCUUCCUCCGAAGCGGAUGUUCGACUUCGACGCGCUGGCGCGCGCGGAUGUGCUCCAGGCGCUGUACUCCGCGUUCUGGGGCAACCAUGCUGACCUGUUUCUCCCCUCGGGGAUGACGCAGGCGAACUCGAUGCUGAGUGAGCUGCAGCUGGAUGCGGGAUUCUAUGGGAUGGGCAAGGAGGCGGGAGAGUGGGAUGGGAGGGGUGGGCAGGUCGUUCCCGGACGGCCUUGUAGUCAUGUUUUCAAGAAGGGAGAGAGUUGUUUUCGAUGCAAGGACUGCACGCUCGACGACAGUUGCGUCCUCUGCGCGCGUUGCUUUCACGCGACCGACCACGACGGGCACAACGUGAGCUUCUUCAUCGCUCAACAGCCCGGCGGAUGCUGCGAUUGCGGGGACGAGGAAGCUUGGCGGCGUCCGAUAUCCUGUCCAUUCCACCCCACGGACCCUUCGAAUCACGCCUCCCCUCCAUCUAUCCCCACAUCGCCGAUCCCCGACGACGUGCCGCCCGUUGCCGACUACCCACAUCGCAUGCCCAUUCCCCAAAAUCUCCGCGACAGCAUGAGCCGCACGGUCGGCUACGCGUUGGAUGUCAUUCUCGAUACGCUCGCCUUGUCGCCGGAAGAACCAAUAGCGCCCGCAAAUGAAGAGGAGCUGAGAAAGCAGCCGUCCGCGGAUCCUGGGACUCGGGAUCACUUCUGUGUGGUUCUAUGGAACGACGACAAGCACUCGUUCGAGGAGGUCGCGAAGCUGCUGGCGGAGCUAACGGGGGUGUCGCACGCGACCGGAAUGAAGCUUGCUAGGGAGGUGGACGAGCAGGGCAGAGCAGUGGUGACUACGAGCACCGAUGCCACACACUUGAUGGCGGUCGCGCAGGCACUAACGCACAUCGAUUUGGGCGUGACCGUGCGGAGAGCGUACGACACUUUCCGGGAGCAAAUUGUCGCCACGAUCAUUGAGUGGUUACUGGACCUGACGAGGAGCCAACUUGGAUCGGAUGCGCUGGUCCUGCGAGAGGUCAUUGCCAAGGAGCUGUUGUCCCCGACCAGAACGCGAUACCACGAAGCUCGUGUUCGGCUGGAUUGCCUGUUCUUGGACCACACAAGGCUUUGGAAGCGUCCACGACUCAGUCUGAAGGAGAUGUACGCGUCUAUUCUUUCUUUGAGUCGCGAUCACAAGCUAGCUAUUGCGGGUCACUUUGCGUCCGUCUAUCCGUCGAUUCUCUCGACCUAUCUCCUCGUCGACCGUGAAGCCGAGACCUCCAUCAAGUAUCUCGCACUGCAGCUCUUCACUGUGCCUUCCGCGGCGGCUCACGUUGUCCGCAACCAUGAUCUGGUCGCGCGCGUCUUGGCUCUCGUCCGCGCUUUCUUCCAAAACCGAAUCGAGGACCGACGAGUGAUCCUCGACGACGAUCCGGAUCUAUGGUCUCUAUCAGUGCCCGCGCUCGACCCCGACUCGUUCCCCUUCAAAUCCAAACGUUUCAUGCCGAUUUUCAGCGAUCUGCGGCAUCUCCUCGGAUCCGCAGGUGUGCGCGCGCUUGUGGCCGAGGGCGGUCCCGUUGGCUCGUCGCCGCCGUUCGACUCGCCGACGCCGGGCUCGGCCUUGCUUCCCCAUUUCGCCGCCACGUGUGCCCUAUUUGUCGGCAUGCACCCGAACCGGAGAGCCGCGCGGGCUCAUGUCGAAUAUGAGACUGAGGCAUGGAUCAGUGUGUUCAACGUUGCGCUGUCCCUUGGGCGCGUGGUGAAGGCGGUGGGGAGCGCAUUCAGCGAUGCCUCUUCGGCGCAGCUCGUCAGUGCGAUCUCGGUGGUGCUAGAGUGGAUCGCGCGCGUCGGCGUGAAAGACGAGGACCCGGUCGAGUACCACUUGGUUAUCUUCGGCCGCGACGAGUCGUAUGAGGUCGUGGAUUUCGACGUUUCGGCCGGGGCGGUCAGUUUCCACCAUGCGCUGCAUUGGCUGUUUGCGGAACUGUGUCGGCACGUCGGGCUCCUGGACAAUCUGAAGCAGGUUGUUCGUGGGGCGCUAGCUGGGGAGUAUCGACAGUCCGUACGCGAUGUGGACCGAGCUGUGCUCCGUUUGGUCGACUUUCCCCUCCGAGUCCUGGCUAUGAUCGCACAGAUUCGGACUGGAUUGUGGGUCCGAAACGGAUUUGUGAUUCGUGGACAACUGCUGCAUUAUCGGGAUUUCAUGCUGCGCGAGCUGUGCUACGACCAGGACCUGUUUGUUGUCCAGACUGCGCUCGUGCUCAUGGACCCGGAUACGGUCUUGGCCAGCAUCCUCGAUCGAUUCGGCGUCAUCGGUUACUUCGGUGGCCGGGCUGAAGGCGACGAGGAUGUGCUCCCGGAGCUGAUGCACCCGGUGUACGAAUCUGUGCAACUUGCCGGGAUGGUGGAAGAGCUGCUGUAUGUUCUCAUCGCGAUCCUCAGCGAGGCCUCUGCUGCGGGAGGGAUCCCCAUUGAAGUCGCCGUCCGCCGGGAGAUCGUACAUGCUCUCGCCGUCGGGCCCUGUCCUUUCACGGAUCUGGUCAAGCGGGUGGCCGAGCGACUGGUCGACGAUGUGUCUUUCGAGCGAGUGCUCGACGAGGUCGCCAUGUUCCGCAUCCCGGAGAAUGUGGCUGAUACGGGCAGCUAUGAGCUCAAGGACGCGUCGUUCGACGAGGUGGAUCCGUUUUUCUUCCACUACACGCGCAAUCGGCGGGAGGAAGUCGAGGCCAUUCUCCUGACUCGGCUGCGCAGGAAGACGGGUGCGACUGAUCCUGUGAUCGUGCCUCGGCCGUUGGGCAUCGAGUAUGGCCCGUUCAAAGAUGUGCUGUCGCGCUGCUUCGAGAGCCGGUUUUUGUUGCGGAUCCUGUUCUACUCUGUGCACAACGUUCUGAUCCAAACCGACGCGACGAGCACUCCACCGUCGGCCGAAGCCAUACUCGACCAGGCGCUGCACUUGAUUAUGCAGGCUCUCGUCGAGCGCCCAGAGACGUUCAGCCACCUCGCCGUCGCGGUCACAUUCGACAGCAUCUACACUAUGUUGGGUGCUGUUUGUGCUCUGGAGAGUCACGACAAGUACAAGACGUACCAUGCCAGGGCUGGGUGGAUCCUGGAUCGCGUUGCUGUGCACCAGCCAGCGGCAGUGGAUGCCAAACGCCAGCUUCGGGCCGGCGCCGGUCCAGAUGCAGCCGCAGAGGCCAAGAAACGGGCCGCACGGGCGAGACAGGAGGCGAUCAUGCGCCAGAUGAAAGCACAGCAAGCCAGCUUCGCGGUCAACUUCGAGGAUGAUGUCGAUGACGACGACGGGGACACGACGAUGGAUGACGAUGACACGGCGGAGGAGCAGAGUUUCGGGGCGUGCAUCGUCUGUCAGGAGGAUCUCGCCGGGCGGCCGUUUGGGAGUCUGGGCCUGGUCCAGCCGAGCCGGUUCAUUCGCCGCCAUCCGGACAGCCACAACAGCUAUCUGAACGAGGUGCUGCAGACGCCGUCGUCGCUGGACCGAAGCAUCCCGCGCGACACCAAGUUUCCGCCCCAAGACACGACGAAAAUGCCGCUGGAUGGAUUUCCGGCGCAGUUCACGCGGUUUGGGCUGCACGCCUCGGUGUGCACGCAUAUGAUGCACUUGGACUGCUUCCACACGUACAAUAUCUCCAUUCGGCAGCGACAUCGGAGCCAGGCGACGCGCAACCAGCCGGAAAGCAUCAGCCGCAAGGAGUUCGUGUGUCCGCUCUGCAAGAGUCUCGGCAACGUCAUCCUCCCGGUGUCUCGCCCGUCGAAGAGCGUGACGCUCGUGCAGGUGCCGUUCCCUGACUGGAUCCGGGCCGCGGGGAUCAGCAUCCUGAAGAGCAGGCCAGAUCCUCUGCUGGACUCGCUCCAAUUCCGGAACGGCACAGGGGAGUUCGUCUUCUGGAGUGCCCAGGAUCCUGGGUACACCCCGGGCACCAAGAUGGUCGACACUGUGAUGAACGCGGCCAAGUCCGUGUCGCAGCACACGAGGCAUCUGCGCGACCGGCCGGAGCCGGAGAUGGGCGAGAGGGGAGCCGGGAUUUAUCUGCCGGAAGAGCUGGUCGGAUACACGGUGUGCGCGCUGGAUGUGGCCCAGCGCGGCGGAGACGUUGCUGUCUCUGAUGCGCAGAUGGGGAUGGUGCGUGGUCUGUUGGUGUGUCUCAGCAGGCUCGCCGGGCAGCACUUCAAAUCUCGGGGCGAUGAAGGCCGGGAGGGAAUCAAACAGGCCAUCAUCAAGCGUCUGUUGCCGGAGUGGAGCAGGACCUCGCUCACCUCCUUCUCGUACCCCCUUCUUCUGCGCGAUCCGCUCACGAUUCUCGUCGAGACUGCGUCGGUCGCACCCGAGAUCCUGCGACACGUGCUGAUUCUGGCGUACUAUGCGUGUUUGGCGAGGACUGUGAUCGGGCUGGUGUAUGUGCUAAACAAGUCGCGGAGCCAUGCGACGACCCCGAUUGCCAAACGGAUGCACCAGGAUAUCUUUGGAGACGUGCGCAUGUUCUUUAUGUCGGUCGUGCGGCAUUCCCCGGUGUUCGAACACACGGCCACGCUCGUUUUCGAGACGUUCGGCGAGGCGCGCAUCGAGAAGCUGCUGUAUGCGUUCACGCUGCCGUUCCUGCGGCGGGCUGCGAUUCUGUGCCAAUCCGUGCUUCCCGCAUCGUUCUCUGUUACGGGGAAUCCAGCGGACUGCGAGUACAACCGUCUGCUGGCGAUGCUGGACAUCCCGCCGCUCUCCGAGCUGCCGAAACAGGACACGCUGCAGAACGCGCUGUCUGGCUGGUGCGCGCAUUACGGGCACUCGCACGCGGCGUCGCAGCUCAACUGCGGCGUGGUCCUCGACUUCCCCGGCAUCUAUCGGCUGGCGCGGCUCCCGGUCGUGCUGGACAACCUGUUCGGGGCGCAGGACAAGGCGCUGACGUGCGCGCGGUGCUCGAUGGUCCCCGCCGACGCGGCGAUCUGCCUGCUGUGCGGGGCCACGGUGUGCUUCCAGAGCGACUGCUGCCGGGAGGAGAGCGACCCCGAGCGCGGCGAGUGCAACCUCCACUUGCGGGAGUGCGGCGGCGCGGUCGGCGUGUACUUCUUGGUCAAGCGGUGCAUGAUGCUGUAUCUGUAUGGAAAUUCCGGGACCUUCACGCCGCCGCCGUACCUGGACGCCCACGGCGAAGUCGAUAUCUCCAUGCGCCGAGGCCGGAGACAAUACAUCCACUUUGCCAGAUGGGAGGAUGUCAGGAAGACGUGGCUCACGCACGGGAUACCGACGCUGAUCGCCCGCAAAAUGGAGGCCGCCAUGGAUUCUGGCGGCUGGGAGACCUUUUGAUGUAUCAUUUAUCUUGAAUCUUGUACUCGUAGACUGCGCAAAGAGUGUAUCACCCUCACCUGCACUGCCCGUUUGACUGACUAACUACUGGUCUCCGGAAACGACUGCCACACCUAGUGUUUCGUGGUUGACCGAUAUGCUCCAAGAACUGAAACCAUUUCACUCGUCGAUCACACGCGAUAUGUUGCCCGGGUUCGACACCAAGACGCAGAAGCGGCGUUCGUACUCGGGGCACUGAACAGGAUCUCAUCCUACAUACUGAUUGCAGGCUAGAUGAAUCGGAAAUGACUCCCCCUGUUCACUCAGUCCCUUCGCUCCCCGUCACUCACAAGCGAGACAAAGGCGGUAAAAAUGUCCUCGGGAUGGAGUCGAUUCUGCAUCUGUCCACGGAAUAGUUCAGCAUUUCUCUGGUGUGAUUCUUGUUGAUCGUCCGUCUGCACCUCCGACAGAGCCGUGUCCAGGACGCGCAAUGCAUCCACAUUGGUCAUCCACCCAUAGUGCCGAUUGACGGCAUAGAAAAGCACCCAAAAGAGCGCAUGAUCAUCCGCAAAACAGUCCUCGGGAUAUCUGCGGAUGAACCCGGAGGCGGCGCGGGCAAAUCGACGUUGCAGUCUAGUCGGGAUCACCGCAGACAUGCGGGUGAAUGCGUGCACCAAUUUGAGCGUCGCCAAGUCCCGUUCGUGCUCCGUUCGACCCGGACUCCGGGCUGCAGUACACUGCUCGAGGAGCGUGGUCCACAUGCCCACACGCGCACAGUCGUACAUCUCCUGUGCCGAUGCCUGCUCCGUCCGUUUAUCGUUGUCCAGGCCGAGCACGGAGCGGAACCAUUGCGCAUCAUCGAAGAUACUCAGCCAUCGCUCCCAUUCCGAUAAACCCAGCCCAAAACAUUUGAGCACGACGGACUGGACGAUGGCAGCCAAACGGUGUGUGCGGACGGCCGCCGCUUCAGCGCGCAGAGUGCGCAGGACCCGAAGAUGGGUCUCAAAGUCAUUCGGUGGCCCAUCGGACUCGAGCAAUCUCCGAUAAAUCAGCUGGAGCGCGUCGACGGAUUCCUGUGGGUUGUCUCGGUACUUCAAGUUCUUGCAUAUCUUAUGGCACAGGAAUCGGGUGUAAUGAUGCUUAGAGUCGAAUUCCGGGUCGGAGGUGGCGAGGGACGGAUGGCGGACAAGGAACGGCCCAAGACCCCACAGCGGCCAAUGGGGAUACUUCGAUAUCUGGGCGAACGGGCUGAUCAUCAGGCGAGCAGCAAACACGACGUUGUCCGCUCUCUCGCCCGCCGUCUUGUACAACGCCGAAUCGAUCAGCUUUUCGAGAGCCUGAUGCAGAGUUCUGUAGUCGUACACUUUUGUGGAGUGCGUUUGAUUGGUCACAUCCCGUUGGAAGCCGGCAGCGCAUUUGGAAAGCACCACCAGAUAAUCCGCGUACGCCGCUUGCCGCUGCUCCUCCCCUGCGGCACGGAUCUCACCGGCGGAGUCGCUGGGGGGCGUAGCAGCCUGUUCCCGGCUCCGAGACUCGAGCAUGUUCAGACGGAUCAGGGCGGACACGUCAGGGAUCAUGCUCUGCACGUCGUCAGAGUCAAUAAACUUCGAGCUGAGCAGCGCUUGCUCGGCGCCGGCUUCUCCGAUGGGACUAUGCAGAGGCGACCCCGUGUGGAGAGCGAACGCGCAGGUGGCCCAGAUGGCCCGGAGCACGGAGAUCUGGCGGCGGACGCGGUCCCUGUGCUCGAGCAGAUUGCUGUUUGAGCCAGCCAUGAAAUCGGCAAGACGCCGGCCGAGAUGGACUUCCGGAUCCUGCAACAAGCUCUGGAACUGUGCCCGGUAGAUGCUGCGAGGCUUGUUUCUAUCGAAAUCCCACAGCGUCUGGGGGAGCUGUUGAGCACUGGGGAGAGCGUCUAGCAACCCACCUGUGUGAGUUGAGA